GAGAGCUGACUUUUUGUGACUUUUGGGAGAGCUGCCAAAAGUGAAACUUAGUGCCCCAGACAAGCAGGGGCAAGUCUGCUAAGGAAGCUGUGGCCAGAAGCACAGAUCAGAAACACGAUGGCCCUGUUAACAGCCGAAACAUUCCGCUUACAGUUUAACAACAAGCUCCGCCUCAGAAGGCCUUACUACCGGAGGAAGACCCUCUUGUGUUACCAGCUGACGCCGCAGAAUGGCUCCAUGCCCACCAGAGGCUACUUUAAAAACAAGAAAAAGUGCCAUGCAGAAAUUUGCUUUAUUAACGAGAUCAAGUCCAUGGGACUGGACGAAACGCAGUGCUACCAAGUCACCUGUUACCUCACGUGGAGCCCCUGCUCCUCCUGUGCCUGGAAGCUGGUUGACUUCAUCAAGGCUCACGACCAUCUGAACCUGCGCAUCUUCGCCUCCCGCCUGUACUACCACUGGUGCAAGCGCCAGCAGGAGGGGCUGCGGCUUCUGUGUGGAUCCCAGGUCCCGGUGGAGGUCAUGGGCUUCCCAGAGUUUGCUGACUGCUGGGAAAACUUUGUGGACCACGAGAAACCGCUUUCCUUCGACCCCUCUAAGAUGUUAGAGGAGCUAGAUAAAAACAGUCGAGCCAUAAAGCGACGGCUUGAGAGGAUAAAGCAGUCCUGGAGUGUGGAUGUUUUAGAGAAUGACUUAAGAAGUUUGCAGCUUGGACCCGUAUCCCACUCAUUGUCAAGAAGCAACUCAAGAUGACUUUCCCUGGGGCAUGUCAGUUGCCUCAGAGCCUGCUGGUCCUGUAAGCAAGCACUAAGCUCCACAGUGCCAGUUCCUUGCCCCAAACCUGGCCCCAUCCAAGUACAGAAGACCUUUCUUUCCUCCUUUUUCCAUAUUGCUUUCUGUUCUAAGUGGGUGAAUAAUUUUAUAAUUGAAAAAAUAAAGAUAAACUCUGUAAAUCCAGCCGGGUACGGUGGCUCACGCCUGUAAUCCUAGCACUUUGGGAGGCUGAGAUGCUCGGCCAAUAAAUUUCUAUUGUUUAUGAAUCA